AUGGAUAAACCACGAUGUGAGGAUUGUUCACCAAUAGUUUUCAUUCUGGGCUUUUUAAACAGUAAAGAGUUUCACUAUGCCACACUGAAGAAAUUAUACGAAAAAUACACGUAAGUUUCAGUUUUUUAGGGUAUAAAAAACUCCGAGGCACGUUUGCCAUUAAGCAAAAUAUUUUUUUUAUUUUUACUUUUUUCAUUUAAAACUUUUUAAAAUGGCAAAAUUUCUAGGCCAAUAGUCAUGACGACCUCUGGGCCAGAAAAAAAGCCUAGCCUAUACCUGUAAAAGGACCAGGUCCAAUUUUUCGCCCUAGCCCUUAAUUUGCGCAUUGGCCCUCGGGGUUAUGUGUGUCGUCUUAGCUCCUUUAACAUCUGCAUUAGCCCGGCCCAGCCUUUAUCAGUCCGAUACGGAGCCAAAGUCCUUUCAAGUCUAGCCCAGGCAGUUUAUUCAGUCGCCCCUAUUUACAGCUUUUCGAAAUUCAAAUUUAACCAAACUUUGAAAGUUUGGGUACAAACCAAGCCCAGCAAAACCCUUAACUUCCUGCCCUACCUAGAAACGCAAAAACCUUAAUGCCCUGUCCUACCUAAAAACCUGCUCAAAAGGCAUAGUAUAAAGAUACAAAAAGAAAAUCAUUUUUGAGAAAUCACCCACAAGUCACAAGUCAGAAUACACAAAAUUCUGUGACUUUGGUUUACAUCUUGUUCCGCAUUUUAUUUUCCAUACAUCAGCGCGAUUAUCUUUUUAUCUAAUUGAAACUGAUCAUUAACCUUUAAAGAUAAUAAUAUUAAAGUAACAUGAUGCAAAGAUGAUUUAUCACAAAGAAACUGAAUUUUGCUGCAACAAUUUUAACAAAAAAAAUUUUCGUGUUUUUGUUUGAAAAAUAUUAGGCUGUUCAAAAAUUAAUGAGCUACUAAGCUGCCACUAAAAAUUUUGAACAUAGCUAUCAAACCCAAAUUACAGCCAAAAUUACAUUACUAAAAUGGAAAUACGAACUUAAAUUUUAAAUUUCAGAAAUGACGUCACAGUCCAUGUACCCAAACUCUACAAUCAGCAUUUCUGGCCUUCUGGAGAUAAAGGCAACUUGUUUAUAGACGAAAUAUAUCUACCUAAGAUUAAAGAAAAACCAAAUUCACCUGUGAUAAUACACAUGUUCAGUCAGAAUGGCGGAUUCCAAUUCUAUUACCUAUGGCUAAAGCUUACUGAAGCACAAAAGAAACAGAUCAAGGGGAUCGCUUUUGAUGGGUAAGAUUUUAAAUGGCAUUACUGUAUAAAACAGUAUGUAUAGAAUGAUAGCGUAGAGAAAAGUAGCUUAAGGAAAGAGAGUAGAAUAAAAAAGUUAGGACAGGGUUAAUUAGGGUAAUAGCGUAAUGUAAGGUAUGAUAGGGUAAGGCGGGGUAAGGUAAGAUCGUAGGGAAAAGUCGGGUAGAUUUUGUAUGGUAUGGCAAUGUAGGGUAGGUACCUUAGGUCCUUUAAACCUUUGAAAGAAAUAGAAAAAAUUCGACCCCCACCUCCAGACCAAAAUCACACUGCCUGAGGCUAAACUCUAUAAACAUGCAAAACCAACCAAACACAAUAUCUUUCAGUUCACCAGGCCUUUUCUCCUCCUGCCCCAGCUGCUACAUCAACGCGCGCUUCUUCAUGUUACCCAAAGAAGAAAAGACCUCGCUCAACUACUGGUUCUACCACCUCCCCACCCAUAUACCUCGCUCCAUUCUCUACAGUAUCCUCAUUCAGUUCGGCUUUUUCGACCAGUAUUCCGCGCGAAUGGAGAAUUUCGAUCUACCCAAGAAUCAACUGUUUUUACACUCAAAAAUCGACCGGUUGGUUAAACCUCACUGUAUGAAGGCAUUCGCGCAGAAGCAGUUUGAGAAUGGCAAAUCAGUGGAAUUGAAACAGUUCGACGAGGGAAUUCAUUGUAUGCACUUUUUGACACACAAGAGAGAGUAUCAUACGACGACAGAUGCGUUUAUUAGACGAUGUCUUGGUGAUGACGUUUACAAUUGCCACAGGGCAAAAGCGAAAUUGUAG